CAAAUCAACCAGCUGUAUGAAUUUAAUAAUUUAAUGGCAUUUUACGGAAACGCAACAAAACGCAGUUUUCAGAUAAUCUGCGAAACAAAAGGCCGCACUUAUAAGCACUGAGGCCCAAACGGGCAAAAUUUCACCCAUUUCGAAGCUUUUACUCGUGAUCUUCCCGCAUUUCUCAUAUACCUACCCUGGUAUCGGAAUCCUGAUUCCCAGCUCGAUUAUUCUGACAUCAAGCAUGAAGAUUUUCUGGGCAUCUUCGGACUUCAGUUUAGUGCGUGUUUGUUGAGAAACUUGUUCCUUCUGCUGAUCUUGAGGCGCUCUGAAUGCAGGCUUUCUGUUUACAGACUGCACAGAGUAGUUCAAUGAAAUCAUGAACAACCACACAUUUGGGCCAGGAAGCCCCAAGCCCUCGCAUGCUUAUUCCAGAGGGGACAUUGAUUUGGAAUCUGGAAACUUUAGAAAACACAGAAAGCCAAAAAGUUCGGUGUCCAGAUUUAUCAGAAUGAUCAAAUCUAUUGGAAACCAAAUCAGCUUUUUCUAUAAGCUGCACUCCCUUGCAAUUUUUAUUGCCUCUUUAAUAUUUGGUGUGGCUGUGUUGAUUGUUCUGUCAAUGUAUGAAAAUAGUUUACGGUUGAUGAAGAACCAAAAUGACAAAUUAAGUUUAGCUUCUGAUUUUUAUCCUUUGAAGAAUUUGCAUAAUCUUGUUAUGGUAGCCGGACAUUCUAUUUACAUUAGUAGGAGCUGUGGAAAGUUUGAUAGGGAAGACUCAUGGUUCUUGGAGCCUUAUCAAAGAAAUCCAGGCCAAGCUUCUACUUUCGUUGCUCAUAUUAAGGAGGGAGUGGAGAUUGCAGCUCAAGAUGAGAGUGCUCUUCUUUUGUUUAGUGGUGGGGAAACUCGUAAAGAUGCUGGACCUCGGGGCGAGGCACAAAGUUACUGGGGUGUUGCAGAAGCAGAAGGGUGGUUUG